AUUUUCAGUAUUAGUAGUGAACAUCGGAACGCAGCUUUUAUAUGAAUUUUGUUUAUUAUACACAUACAAAAUCUAUGAUAUUCGCAAUCAGACGUUUUUCAUUUAACAUGGUGGGGGAAGUAUAUAUUUCAUAAAUUGGCGGCACAAGGAUACAACACUCACAACUCACAGCAGCACUGCUUUAAACUGCAUUCACGCGGUAGUUCUAAUAUAAACAUUAUCCGGCAAAAAUUAUAUUCAGCAAGAAAUACCAUUAGAAAGAAAUGGCAUCGCACGUAACGGAAUUUUACAAUGGCAAGAGUAUAUUUAUUACCGGUGGUACCGGUUUCCUUGGCAUCUGCUUAAUAGAAAAGCUCUUGAGAUGUUGUCAUGGUAUCACGAAGAUUUAUUUGUUAAUUCGACCGAAGAAAGGAAAAGAGGUUACAGAAAGAUUGGAGGAAUUGACGAAAAACUCGGUUUUUAAUAGACUGAGAGAGGAAAAGCAAACUGAUUUAUUUAAGAAACUGAUCGCAGUUGGUGGAGAUGUUGGUGAAGAAAAUUUAGGACUGUCCUCGCAAGAUCGAACAACUUUGAUAAAUACAGUACAAGUUGUUUUUCAUUCAGCUGCUACAUUAGACUUUGAAGCCGAUCUGAGAAAUACGACAAACAUUAAUUUGUUAGGAACUCGUAGAGUCGUUGAACUUUGCCAGGAGAUUAAGAACCUCAAGGUAUUGGUGCAUGUCUCUAGUGCAUAUGUUAAUUCAGUGUUGCAUAAUGUAGAUGAGAUAGUGUAUCCUGCACCUGCAGAUGUAAAUACAGUUUUGAAAAUGAUUAAUACGUUGAAUGCUGCUACUUUAGACGCAAAAACAACAGAGAUAUUAAAAGAUCAUCCAAAUCCUUAUACAUUCACAAAACAUCUGGCUGAACAUGAAGUAGCAAAUGCAGGACUUCCAGCAUCUAUUGUGCGCCCUUCAAUGAUAAUAGGAGCAUGGAAAGAGCCAAUUCCAGGAUGGACAAUAUCAAAAAAUGGACCACAGGGUUUCAUAAUGGGUGCUAGUAAGGGUAUUGUGAGAAGAUUGCCAGUUGCAGAAAAUCUUGUUUAUGAUUACAUUCCUGUAGAUAUAGUAGUGAACAGCCUUAUUGUCGCAGCUUAUAGUGUCGAUCGAGACAGCAACAAAGAAUUAAAGGUAUAUCACUGUACAUCUAGUACGUGCAAUGCUUUUAAAUGGCAGAAUGUUGAAAAGGAAGUUAACAAGUAUUUACAUAAAUAUCCAUUACGAAGUGCUGUUUGGUAUCCAUAUCUCAAAUUUUUACCGUCGCUUUUCUUGUUUAAAAUUUCGGCUAUCUUUGUUCAUUUUAUUCCUGCUUAUAUUUUGGAUACAGUGACACGAUUAUGUGGAGGCCGUCCAAUACUUGUUCGUUUACAUACAAAUGUUAGCAAAUCAUUAGGAUGUCUUGAGAAAUUUAUUUUCCAAGAAUGGAGAUUUAAUAAUCCAUGCAUGUUGCAAUUGCAUGAGUCAUUAUCCUCAGAUGAUCAAAAAUUAUUUACAUUAGACAUUAAGCCAUUAAUCUGGAAGGAUUACUUUGUGGAUUUGAUACAAGGUGUCAGAAUGUAUCUUCAUAAUGAGUCACCGAAAUCUUUACCAAAAGCACGUUCUAAAGAUAGAAUAUUAAUGAUUGCUCAUUUGGGUUUGCAAGCUACUUUAUUAGGUCUAAUUUGGUGGUUGGUUAAAAUUAUAUUUGCUACAACGUGGACAAAAUCUGGUUUAGUUGUACCAAUAACAUAUUUACUCUUUAAUCAAUUGUAAGCAAUAUUUAAAAAUACAAUUGUUUUUAGUUGAAUGAGGAUAGAAUGUUAUUCAUAUACAUAAAAUUUAUUUUAUACAAACAGAAGCACAUAAAAUAUAUCCUCAUAUCAUAUAUACUGCAUAUGCACAUAAAAUAUAUCUUCAUACAUAUAUACUGUCUUUUUGUAUACUUUAAUAUGAACAUUAAAUACUAUUGCAUCUUAUAUAUAAA